AUGAGAGUCAUUCGGGAGGACUACUUAAUGUCAACCAGCACUUUUGUAUCGCUGAAGACGACCCAUGCGUCGAUGAGCCUCCACCAGUCCACCAUGAGCCACCACGAGCUCCUCCGAAUCCACGCGCUCAACCUUCGAUCGGGCAGCCUACCCGUGAUAAUCACCAACGCCAACUACGACGCAGCCGUAACCCUAGAGGAACUCGAGCAGUCUUUCAUCGAAAAGACAAGACCAGCAGAUCAUGGCUCCGAAACAGAAGAGACUACUGAGCCCGACACCCCCACCGGCCCGAAUACCGCCCCCGCCCCCAACGUCUUAGAAGAAAUCCCCAAAAUCGUGGUCACCGACUCCCGCGAAAACAUCCAAGCCAUCGUCGAGGUCGAGCCCGUCGAGCCCGAGCAACCCACAAAGAAACCCACAGAACCCACACAAAAAGUUCCUGAAUACAACUUCUACAAGCAAAAGAAAGCAGGUUUCUACGACAGAGCAGCCGACGAGCCGCAGCGCCUAUAUCCAUCCACGAUUGUAGAGAGAAGGGACAAGCUUCCUUCUAGCUGGUCUGCGCGCCAUAUGGGAAGGAGUCAGAAGCCUGCUCGUCCUGCGUGCUCGUCCCCACCGAUUCAAAGGGCUGGCUCGGCGCCGGUGGCUGCUGCGAAGAAGGCUACUAUGACGGAAAAACAGGCGCGUAGUGUGGAGACAAGGAGUACGACGGGGAAGCGGGCUCGUGGGGCGGAGCCAGAGACUACGACGAAGAGGCUCAAGAAGCCGGGUGGGGGAAAGAAGGAUGUUUAGGUUUGGGGCAAUGGGACAAAGGAUAUUGUGCGGUUUUUUUCUUGUGGUCGGUGUUAUGCUGGCAUUUUGGUGUUCUUUGUUUCCUGAUGUCUUUAUACCCCCUC